AUGUCCAACGAAACCAUUGACCCCUACCACCGUCUCCAAAUCCAGCCCAACCCCGAUGGCACCUUCACUCGCCUCAACGGUCUCGCAAUUCCACACACUGCACCCUCUUCAGACCCCUCUCUUCCCAUUCCAGUUCUCACCAAAGACAUCACCAUCAACCCACACAACCACACAUGGCUGCGCUUAUUCCUACCACGAACAUUACUCUCCUCUUCCAACCCCAACAAGCUUCCUCUCAUCCUUUUCUUUCAUGGAAGCGGAUUCGUGCUGCUCAGUGCAGCUUCCUCCGUGUUCCAUGAUUUUUGCGUCCAAAUUGCCGAUUCUGCUCAGGCCAUUGUAGCCUCCAUCGACUACCGUCUCGCACCGGAGCACCGACUUCCAGCAGCCUACGACGAUGGUGCUGAAGCGCUGCGGUGGAUUGGAAACUGCAAAGAUGAGUGGUUGCGUCAGUACGCUGAUUAUUCUAAGUGUUAUCUUAUGGGAAAUAGUGCUGGGGCAACUAUCGCUUACCAGACAGGUCUACGUGCAGUUGAAGAGGUGAACGAUCUUGAUCGAGUGAAGAUCCAAGGGUUGAUAUUGCGUCAACCAUUCUUCGGUGGAGUGCAGAGGACAGAAUCAGAGUUAAGGCUGGAGAAUAACCCACUCCUUCCUCUAAGUGUUACGGAUUCGAUGUGGGAGUUGGCACUACCAACUGGUGCUGAUCGUGACCAUGAAUAUUGCAGUGUAAGGGCUGGAAAUGGGGUUGAGAAAUUUGAGAAGAUGAGGGAACUUGGUUGGAGGGUGCUGGUGAGUGGCAACAAUGGUGACCCAUUGGUGGAUCGUGAUAAGGAGUUGGUGCAAUUGAUGGAAGGAAAAGGGGUGAAAGUGGUGAAGGAUUUUCAAGAAGAAGGUUGUCAUGGAGUUGAACUCUUUGACCCAUUGAAAGCAAACCAGUUCAUUGAUUUGGUUAAACAGUUCAUUAAUCCAAUCUGUGUUUAGGGCUAAAUUAUAAUCAUGUUCUUGUCUACAAAACAUAAUUUACCAUGUUACGUUCAUAGUUAUUUCAACCUUCUCUAAUAAAACAUGAGAAAAAUAUGUUUUUCUCCUUUAAGUAUUGAGUAAAAUUAAAAAUAGUUUAUGAUUGAAUUUUUUUUUUAUCUUGUUUUGUAUUUUUAAAAAUAUUGGUUUAAAUAUUAUUGUACUAGAUGGUCAUCCGGCUAUGUUACGAGAGAGGAACGUCCAACCCUGUGUGCUUUAACCUUUAAAUCUGAACCAGACACAAAUGAACAUCAUUCAGCCAUGUUCAAGUAGAGGUUGAACAUGUAGUUUUUAUAGCAAAGUACUUUUUAAGGAAUAAUGAUAUUUAGACAACAUUUUUUGACAAUAUUUAGACACAGGACACGUGUCUAAAUGUGAUUGGUCCACUUGAAAAUUGAUUUUAAAAUCGAUUGCUGACGUGCACGGACAAAAAGGAGGCAAAUUUUGAAUCUGAAAUGCAUUUCUGAAAUUUUGGCAUUCGACACAUUUGAGAGAGGAAGAAGUGAAACGCUCGAGAACCUAGUCACCACCGCCAAUGACGAUCUCGUUCCUACCGGCCACCACUAUCGCCAGAAUGCCGCCGCCGGAGACCCGUCGCCCGUCUGCUAUCUUCACUCCACCCAAAAUCGCGUUUCCAUUUGCUCAACGACAGAACCUUAAACCCAAAGCCAAGUGAGUCUUCACUUUUUUCCUCAACUAGAUGAUGAAUAAUUGUUUCUUUCUUUCUCUAUUUUUUUUUUCCAAUUUUAUUUUGUGGUUUUGGUUUUGUUUCAAUGCCUGUGAUUUGAGGCCAUGUUGCAUGCGUCCAUGGUGAUUACUAAUUCGGUUGUUUUGGUGGCUCUCAGUGCGAAUCAUUUUGGAAUUCAAUUUUAAUGUGGUUUAGGUGAACCCUCGUUGUUGUUUUGUUGCUGGAAAUUAUUUUUUUUGUCGGGUUCUUGAAGGUUGUAUUGAUGCCUUUGUGAAGUCAUUAAGCAUUAGUAGGGAUGGCAAAAACAUUCGUGUCUACAGAUAUCCGCGAAUAAAAUCCGCGAUGGAUAGUUGAUAUCCGCGGAUAUUUACUACCCGAAACCCGAGGAUAGCGGGUAUUUUAGUACCCGCUUAUAAACGGGGUCGAGUGUGAGUAUUAUACUAUCUGCAGAUAUCCGCUACCCGCAAAAAAUAAAAAUAAAAUUUUUAUUUUAUUUUAUUAAGUUAAAUCUAAUUAAAAGUAGCAUUAAUUUAUAUUUUACAAGGUUAAAUUUAAUUAAAAUUGUACUAUUUGAAGUAUACCGAUCAAAAUUAAUUGUCAUUUAUGGACAAUUAACAAGUAUUCAUAGGUCAGAUUGUGUGACACCUGGGCACUGACGAGGGCGGCUCCUAGCAGGUGCAAGAAGGAGCAGUUCCUGGCAGGCUUCGAGUGGAAGGGGCACAUGGACGAAUCGAACAUACAUCGGAAUGGGAGGGAUCUGGAGAUUGUAUAA